AUGGACGCCGACCCAGCGUCGCCCGGCACACCGCACGCCCCCAACCAUGACUCCAUGGUGACCGUCUCACUAUCCGACAUCCAGUCCAAUUCAGAGCAUACCCAACCAGAGUGGCGCUCCCUGGAUAUCCCUCCCACCCCAAUUGAAGCAACCAACCUUGAAUCCGAGCCCCAGCAGACUGCCGAUGAACCCAUCAGUCCGGUGCCACUCCAAGACGCUGCGAAAACCACCCCCACCCCCGUGGAUGACUCUCCAACUGCUGGAGAAGAGCCAGCAGGUGACGUAAUGGACCAUGAGGUGGAUUGGGAGAACCUAGAGAAAACAGAGGAGCAAGAGCCCCGUGGGGAAGGUUCAGAUGAGUCCACAGCCCUGCUUCUGGCUCGCCUGGAACAGGAGAACAAUGCCUUGGCAACGAACCCGAAAUCCGGCCUAUCCAAUGUCCCCCGAGGCCAGAGGCACCAGCGGCAGUCCCGCUCGGAGUCGUUGCAUCAGAUCAAACGGCUGAUCAACGACCCGGCGCGGGCAGAGCUGCGCUAUUCGCAGUUGCCGCCUCCCCCGAUGACUGAACUCGAGUUCUGGGCUGCCCUGGUGGCGGAUUACCCCCAGACGGCUCAGCGACUGCCGACAUUGACAUCCAACAAGAUCCAGGGUGGUGUGCCACCGCCCCUUCGAGGUGUGGUAUGGCCGAGUUUAGCGGGCGCGCGCGAUACCACACUCCUCGACGAGUUCCAACGGCUUUCGGGCGAAAGCAGCCCGUAUGAUGGGUUGAUCGGGAAGGACAUUGGUCGAAGCUUUCCCAAUGUGGAAAUGUUUCGUGACCCCAACGGUGAGGGUCAACAGAUGCUGGCCCGAGUGUUGAGAUGUUUCAGUCUUUACGACACCAAGAUUGGCUACUGUCAGGGACUGGGCUUUGUCGUCGGCCCUCUGCUCAUGCACAUGACGGAUGCCGAGGCUUUCUGUGUGCUAGUUCGACUGAUGGACCACUAUAACCUUCGAACCUGCUACCUGCCCGACCUUUCGGGUCUUCAUCUUCAUGUCUACCAGUUCCAAAAUCUCCUGGCGCGACACCGACCGGCCCUCUUUGAGCACCUGGAGUCACUGAAUGUCGAGCCGGUCUACGUGUCGCAGUGGUUCUUGUCGUUCUUUGCAGUGGCUUGUCCGCUACCCAUGUUGCUGCGAAUUUACGACGUCAUCUUUCUGGAAGGUGCAUGCGAAACUUUGAUGCGAGUCGCGCUCUCUCUGAUGCAGCGCAAUGAGAAGAGGAUCAUGGCCUGCACUGAAUUCGAAGAUGUGAUGCAACUGUUGCUUUCGCGGAGUUUAUGGGACACAUACGCGUUUAAUGCAGAUGAUCUCGUGAAUGACUUUGUGUCAUUGACGUCUCUUGUGACAAAAGAUAGUCUUCAAGCUUUGGAGGCCAGCUACAACCAAUCCCAAGGCAUCACUUUGGGAAUUUCCUUCCCUCAGAUGCAGGCUGCAGCUUCUCGUUUCCUUGGACGCUUGUGGGCCGGCUCUUCUAACUCUCACAAUUCGGUCAAAUCUCUGAACCCGAACCCCAGCCCGUCGCGUCCCGCUAGCACAAUCCGACGCUCUCCAUCUAAACAGAGCAUGACCUCCACCUUGAACUCGAUUGAAACCACGUCUGACGCGAGUACUGCACCCACCGAGGUGUCAUCCGCUACUGCGAGUGCCGAAGGUCAGAAGCCACGAGUCAAAUCCACCAUGUCGACCCACCACAAGGAUCGCGACCUCCACACACAGAUCGAGGAUUUGUUGAUGGCUUUGAGCGACCUCCAACGCCAACACGCCGACCUUACCCACGAAUUACAACAGGAGCGCGAGGAGCGCGAGGAAGAUCACGCCUUGGCAAAGGAGAUGUUGAAUCAUCUUGAGGAGAUGCCCGCUGAAGCACAUCCAGCCGAACUGGUCGCCAAGGCUAAAGCACGAUUCGACACCGCUGAGCCCAAGCGCACGUCCAUCAUCCAAACCAAGCAUCAGCUGAAUGAUGAUCUGACACGAUGGAAGGGGAUGCACGGAGUGGAAGCCAGUCGCUGCUUGGAUCUUACGCGUCGCAUCGAUGAUUUCGAGCAGGAAAACUCUUCUCUCAAGGAGCAGUUGCGUGAGGCCCGUGGUCGGAUCCAGGAUGGGUAUCGCGAUCGACAGCGAUUGGAGCGCGUCAACAAGGAGCUCCGGACCCUUAAGACAUCGGUGCCGGAAUCGCCAACCCUGCCGGAGGCAUCCUCCACGAGCCCCACGGGCGAAGUGUCCUCUCCUACUGGGCUGCGCCAGCUCAGGCUUGUCCGCUCGAACUCUCAGAAAAGCCCAACGUUCAGCAAACGGUCGAGUAGCUUGGGGCUCCAGAACGUGUUAUCCACGGAGAACAACAAGCCUGCGCCCGAGGAGGCGCUGCUGUUGGAGCUCGUGAAUGCGAAGACGGAGGAGGCGGUUGCCAAGCAAGAGUUAGAGGAGGUCAAGGCCAAGCUUGAUUCACUGCGAAAGAUGAUCAGUUCGCCUAAUCCCCAGGCCGCGGCCGCCAACCUGGAGAACCGCAAUUCCUUCCUCGGCCGGUCCCCCUCGCGCGCCAGCAUUACCAAGGCUCCCACAGAACCGGUCAAGCCUGCAGCCUCGUCUUCCGGCAGCGCUGCGGUCGGAGGGGGAGGGUUUUUCAGUGGAUGGGGUCGCCGAGCGGCCCCGACGAGUAACGAGUCCCCGCCGUGA